AUGAUUGCUUCCAGCUGGGUCAUCGGGGGAACACCUCUUAUGAAGCAGUGUAGAAAAGUGAGGUGCAUUAAAAGAGCGUUAAGUGAAGCAGAUUUACAAAAGUUUACCGACAUAAAUCGUAGAAGUAUAAGUAGUGCAAGCAUAAAUCAUAUAAGCGUAAAAUGCCCAAACAUAACUAGUGCAAUAGUAAAUCGCCCAUGCAUGAAUUACACAAGUAUACGUUGUACAAGUGUAAACCGCGCACGGAUGUGCUAUCCCAGAGGAGCUUUGUUUCUUCAAAACAUGCGCACCUACUACACUAGUGGUGAGGGGAAAAAAUUUACGAAAAAACUAUGGAAUCAUCUGGGCUUUGUUAUAAUACCCCAACAGACAGCCUACAUAAUUGAAAGGCUAGGGAAAUAUAGAAAAACGUUACUGGCCGGAAUACACUUUAUCAUACCCUUUAUAGAUAAGAUAGCUUAUGUUUUUUCAUUAAAGGAAGAAACAAUAACUAUACCAAACCAGACAGCUAUAACAAAAGAUAAUGUAACUCUCAAUAUUGAUGGGGUGUUAUAUAUAAAAUGUGAUAACCCUUAUAAUUCUUCGUACGGUAUUGAUGAUGCUGUUUUUGCAGUAACGCAAUUAGCACAAGUUACUAUGAGAUCUGAGUUAGGCAAACUAACAUUAGAUGCUACCUUUUUAGAAAGAGAUAAUUUGAACGAUAAAAUUGUUAAGGCAAUAAAUGAAUCAGCCAAAAAUUGGGGUAUUAAAUGUAUGAGAUAUGAAAUACGUGAUAUUAUACUACCUGUAAAUAUUAAAAAUGCUAUGGAAAAACAAGCAGAAGCAGAAAGAAGAAAAAGAGCGGAAAUAUUACAAAGUGAAGGAGAAAGAGAAAGUGAAAUUAACAUAGCCAUAGGGAAAAAAAAAAAAUCAAUAUUAAUAGCAGAAGGACAAUCAUUCGCUAUAAAGGCAAAAGCAGAUGCAACAGCUGAAGCAAUUGAAAUUAUUACUAAUAAAAUUAAAAAGCUAGAUUCAAAUAAUGCUAUAUCGUUACUUAUAGCGGAACAAUAUAUUGAUGUCUUUUCAAAUAUUUGUAAAAAUAAUAAUACGAUUAUUAUUCCGGCUGAUUUAAAUAAUAUUAGUAGCUUGAUUUCUCAAUCCUUAUCUAUAUAUAAUAAUAUUCAAAAUUCUAAGGCCCAAAUACCGCAAAUACCUCAAAUUCCAUCUAACCCUAGUGAUAACCGUAUCACUUCGGAUGUGCAAAACUGA